AUGGCAAAUGUCGAUUACCCCGAAGGUGCUGUACGUCGGGAGCAUUUGAUUAGGUCAGAAAAUAUUUCGUUUUCGGUCCACACAAUAAAGAAAUUUGUCGAUGCAUUCGACCCUAGCCGUCAUAAAGAUCAGGUGUCGAUUAGGUUGGAGAGGUUGGAGCAUUUUUACGUCAAUUUCGUUGAGGAAAUAGUUCAGCUGCAAUUGCUUCCCCCUGCUAGCCCAGAGAUCGAUUACAACGAGCGGUUAGAAAAUUUUGAAGCACAAUAUUACGAGCUGAAAACCCAGCUGACUCAACUGUUGCCAAAACGAGUGCAGGUUCCACAAAAAUCUAAUCCCUUACCUUUGCCUCAAAUCAAUCACAUCAAGUUCCCUGAAAUUAAAUUGCCAGAGUUCUCGGGUAAUCCUCUCGAUUGGCGAUCAUUCCACGACCGGUUCAAUGCUGCUGUACACUCGUCUGAUGAACUUUGCCCGUCGGAGAAAUUCCAGUACCUAAAAGGUUUGCUGCGAGGAGAAGCUUCAGGUUUGAUUUCCGAAAUUCCUAUCAGCGACGAAAAUUACUCUGAGGCCUGGAAACGAUUGAUCGCGAGAUACGACGAUAAGCGCAUCUUAGUAAAGUGCCACUUAGCCGAGCUUUUUGAUACGUCACCCAUGAAAUGGCGCAGCUGCCUCCAGUGUGGUAGUGACCACUAUUUGUACCAGUGCUUUAAAUUCCGAAAGCUCUCUCCGAAACAGCGAUUUGAUUUCGUCAAACAACAUCGAUUGUGUUUGAACUGCCUCAAGACAGCUGCUCAUGGUUGCAGAGAUUGCUCUUCCGAUGGUUGUCGAAAAUGUAGGAAGCGACAUCAUACCCUCAUACACCUCCAACCAAUCGAACAAAAACCCGAAAAUUCUAACCCAUCCGAAAACCAACAACAUAGAGCUCAACCCUCCACCAAUCCACCUUUUGCUCCCCGUACACAGUCACCUAGUCGAAUUGCAUCCACCUCCAGCACAUCUCUCGUAUCAGUGGACCAAUUCGAAACACCAGCCUCUCUCGCAUCCACUUCGUCUCAGCCCCCAACGACCCCACAUCAGGCGUUCACGGCCCACUCGGCGAAGCUUCCUACCGAUAUUGUUUUGCUUUCCACGGCGCUGGUUUAUAUCGAGGACUGUGCAGGAGAAAAGUUUACCGCCCGAGUUUUGCUCGAUAGUUGUUCGCAGUUUAAUUUGAUGACGGAGUCGUUCUAUCAGAAACUCAAACUGCCUAUUGAGAAAGAUCAUGUUAAGCUUGGUGGGGUUGGGCAACACGUCACUUCGGUGAACAGAUCAGUAACAUCCAUCGUUUCGUCUCGGGUUUCGGCUCUCAGUUGGCAGCUUAAGUUCCUCGUUUUGCCUACCAUCUCUCAUGACCAACCCGCCCAUCCACUGAUGACUACAGAUUGGGAGAUUCCCAGUUGGAUUACUCUGGCAGAUCCAACUUUUUGUACGCCUGCUGCUGUCGAUGCUCUCUUGGGUGCGGACGUUUUCUUCCAGCUUUUACGUUAUGGCAAAAUUACACUCGGAGAUCAUUUACCCAUUCUCCAAAACACCGUGCUGGGCUGGAUAGUUUCUGGUAGGUGCUCUAGUCGCUCGUCUGAGGUCGAAAUUCAGAGAUGUCAUCUCACACACAACCAACGGCUGGAACAGCUGGUGAAUCGAUUUUGGGCCCUGGAAGAAUGCGGAUCCAAAACUUGUUGGUCUCCUUCUGAAAAGCUUUGUGAGCAACAUUUUGUCGAAAAUGUGUCGCGCAACACAGAUGGGAGAUAUGUUGUACGCCUGCCGAUGAAGAAAGAGCUUUUACCCCGUCUGCGCGACAAUCGAUUCAAUGCGCAGCGUCGUUUUUUCGCGCUUGAGCGCAAAUUGGAUGCAAAUCCAACGCUUCGAAAGCAAUAUGAGGACUUUAUCAAUGAGUUUCUCGAAUUGGGCCAUAUGAGGCAAAUCGCUCCAUCAGAAUUGUCGAAAGAAAAUGCAUCUUUACCCCGCUAUUUUUUGCCCCACCAUGCUGUACUGCGCCCCGAGAGCUCGACCACGAAAAUCCGCACAGUCUUCGAUGCCUCCUGCAAAAGCUGCUCCGGUCUGUCGCUCAACGACGUUCUUCUGGCUGGGCCUACAAUUCAAGACACACUCCUGAGCAUCGUGUUGCGGUUCAGAAUGCAUGCCUACGUCGUCACUGGAGACAUUGCCAAAAUGUAUCGUCAGGUGCUGGUGCAUGAUGAGGAUCAGCCAUUGCAGCGAAUAUUUUGGCGAAGCAGCAAAAGUGAGGAGCUCAAAACGUAUCAGCUGCUUACGGUUACGUAUGGUACGAACUGUGCACCCUUCCUCGCCACUCGCGUCCUCCAACAGCUCGCAGAAGACGAGCGUUCUCGAUACCCUCUGGCGGCUCCUGUUGUGGUUAAAGACCUAUACAUGGAUGAUCUUUUAACUGGGCAAGAUGAUCUGGAGCAACUUAAGAAGAUUUGCACCGAGCUGCUCAGCAUUUUUUCGUCGGCUGGCAUGGAUCUGCGGAAAAUAUCGUCGAACUCGCAACAAAUAUUGAAUGUUGUUCCCGAAGAAUGCAGAGAAACAAAAACGCUUAUCGAAUUCGAUUCCGAAUCCCCAAUCAAGACUCUCGGUUUGCUGUGGGAGCCAGCAACCGAUUCGAUUCUUUACAAAAGGCCAAACUUUACUCGUCACAAAUUCUACACGAAAAGAAUCAUUCUCUCGCAAACUGCAAGCUUUUUCGACCCUCUAGGUUUGCUGGGUCCAGCAAUCGUCAAGGCAAAAAUAAUCAUCCAAACUCUUUGGAAAUUGAAUUUCGAUUGGGAUUAUCGUUUGCCCGAAAAUUUCACGCUAGAGUGGGAGGAAUAUCAAAGCCAAUUCCAUCGUUUGAAAAACUUCACCAUCCCUAGGCACGUAAAAUCGCUCUGCCGCCCAGCUUGCGUUCAAAUGCAUGGUUUUAGCGACGCAUCAGAACACGCAUACGGUGCCUGCGUUUACUUGCGUUCUGUUGCUCCUGAUGGAUAUGUUACCAUACGUCUUCUCGCCGCCAAAUCUCGUGUCGCACCAGUAAAUACGAAAUCGAUCGCACGCUUGGAACUAUGUGGUGCUCUGCUUCUAUCUCGCCUGUUGCUCAUGGUGUGCGACAGCAUCGGGUUGCAGGACAACAUCUUUUUAUGGACCGACUCUACAAUUGUGCUGCACUGGUUGUCUGCUAGUCCAUCAUCUUGGCAGACGUUCGUCGGAAAUAGAGUUGCGGAAAUCCAAGAGCUAACAGCUCACUGCUCCUGGCAUCACGUUCCUGGUACCGAAAAUCCCGCUGAUUUGAUCUCAAGAGGUCUUGACAUCGGCGAUCUUAUCGACAGCUCGUUGUGGUGGAAUGGCCCUCCAUGGUUAGCAGAGGCGAAUCAACCGUGGCCAGAGGCACCUGAAAGCUUUGACAACAUCAAAGAGAAGCAUUUGGAGGCAAGAAAGGGAUUAGUUCUGUCCAUCGCAAAUUCGUCCGAGACAGACCUCAUCGAAAAUUUUUCGUCGUUCACUCACUUGUUGAGAAUCGCUGCACUGUGCAGGCGGUUUUUCGCCAAAAUUCGAUACUGCCGACAAGUUAGAAAAUCAUUGCCUUAUCCUACUGAACCACCACCCCCUGGGCCUAUCACUGUAGACGAACUUAACGAAACACUCCUCGCAAUUGUACGCCGAGUUCAAGAACAAACCUUCGGCCAAGAAUUUGCUGCCUUGCGUUCUGAAAAACCGCUACCGUCGUCAUCGCCGCUUCGCUACCUGGCCCCCAAGCUGUGUGGUGACUUAAUUCGUGUUGGUGGCCGGCUUUCUUACGCAUCCAUUUCGUCCGAGGCAAAAAAUCCUCUCGUACUACCACGCAACCAUUAUUUGUCUCGUCUUAUCGCCGAAACCAUGCAUCGUGAUCAACUUCAUUGUGGCCCUCAAUUUCUGCUGGCCACGCUUCGUCAACGCUUCUGGCCGCUUGGUGGUCGGAAUUUGGUCCGCAACGUCGUGCAUGGAUGCGUCACAUGCGUGAAAGCCCGUCCUCGGUCAUUAUCCCAGCAGAUGGGCCAACUACCUGCUGUACGAGUUACCCAAUCUUAUGCGUUCGAAAACGUUGGGAUCGAUUUCGCUGGCCCAUUUUAUCUGAAAAGGCCGAGCCCGCGGUCGGCGCCUGUUAAAUCGUAUGUGGCUGUCUUCAUCUGUAUGGCCACGAAAGCAGUUCACCUGGAGCUGGUCAGCGACCUGACAUCAGCCUCAUUCAUCGCAUGUCUCCGCCGAUUUGUGGGCCGGCGUGGCAGACCAGCAAACAUCUUCUGCGAUAAUGCCACAAACUUCGUUGGGGCUGAUCGAGAGCUGCGCAACUUAUUUCGAUCCACUGAACAUCGUCAUGCAGUAGUCAACGAAACUGCCGAUCAACUAGUGCGAUUCAACUUUAUACCACCACGAUCUCCCUCAUUUGGUGGCCUUUGGGAAUCGUGCGUGAAGAUUAUGAAACACCAUCUUCGUCGUAUCAUCGGGAAUGCGUUCCUGAGCUACGAGGCAUUCAUCACCGUGCUGGCGCAGGUCGAAGCCUGCCUCAAUUCGAGGCCAAUCACUCCAUUGACAUCCGAUCCAAACGACAUGAGAGUGCUCACCCCCGGGCAUUUCAUCACUGGUCGCCCCCUGAAUGCCCUACCCGAACGUGACCAACGGUACAAGUGGUCAACGAAAACGAGCAACCUGAUCAACGGAGCAAUGGUUUUGCUCAAAGACGGUAUCCUGCCGAUCCUGAAGUGGCCAAUGGGUCGAGUGGUGGCCGUACAUCCUGGUUCCGAUGGUCUGGUUCGCGUGGCCACAAUCAAGCUGCCCAACGGGUCAACAACAAAGCGAGCCAUCUCCAAACUUUGCGUUCUCCCCAUCGAGGUCGAUCCUGCAGCGCUCGAACAUCUACUACCCCAGGUCAACGAGGUCCAGAAUUCCACAGAGUCAACUGGCGACUCUGGUGACAUCGAAAACGAAGAAGAAAGUGUUGAAACUUAA